AUGGCUGCUUUAUUAGAAGGGAAUGGAUCUGAAGUUGAAGUGUCUAAUGAACAUCUCUCAAUAGAAAUUGAGGAAAAGUUGGGAGUUUUGCGUGAUAGAAUAUCAAUGGAUGGAGGAAGGCCUGUUACUAUAUUAUUGGUUGGUCCUACUGGUGCUGGCAAGUCAACACUGAUCAAUGCUUUGUUUGGGAGGGAUGUAGCUGAGGUUGGAUAUGGAGCAAUAUCUGUCACAACAGGAAUACAUCCUUAUGAAGGAGAGUACAAAGGAGUUAGAAUAAGGGUUUAUGAUACUGUUGGGUUUGGGGGCAGAAGUGAUCGGAGUUAUUUAAGAAAUAUUAGCAGGCAUGAAAAGUAUGAUCUGGUCCUCUUGUGUACCAAGUUAGGAGGAAGAAUUGAACGAGACACGUUCUUGGAAUUGGCCUCUGUCUUACAUGAAGAAAUGUGGAAGAAGACAAUUGUUGUACUGACACAAGCAAACCAGUUCAUUACACUUGAUAGUGUAAGUAAGUCCAAUGACCUGGAGGCUGAAAUAAAAAAGCAAAUUGAAGAAUACCAAUCAUUCCUUACUGGUUCCCUUUCUAAUCGUGUGAGGAGAGAAGUAUUGGAGGGAAUACCGUAUUGUAUUGCUAGAGUAGAAGAUGAAAAGAAGUUACCUACUACAGAUGACUGGGUGAAGUCACUGUGGGAGAUGUGUAUUAUUCGUUGCAGUGAUAAACCAUACCAUUUCGUAUCAUGGUGGUGCAUUGUCAAAAUAGUUGUUUUUGGUUUUGGAGUUGCAAUAGGUACUGCUAUUGGUGCUAUUGUUGGUUCUAUUGUACCUGUUGCUGGUACUAUAAUAGGAGCUAUUGCGGGUGGAUAUAUUGGUGCUACUAUUGCUAAGCGUGUUGUAGAAAAAAAAACUACUGAACUGCAUGCAUGCAAAGCAUUCCAGCCCCACCUACUUUCAGCCCCGCCCACAAAGUGUUAA